AGAUUAAUUAAGAAAAGACCACAGACUCCCAAACUUAACUUCACUCACACAGUUACUUACUUAACAAACUCCACUUAACUCAAUGCGCCUCAUUUUCUCACACCAAACAACAUGAGUGUGUGGCAGUGUUUGUUUAUCUUUUAAUUUUGAGACAAGGUCUCUCUACACAGCCCCGCCUGUCCUGGAACUCAAGCCUCUGAGUGCUUGGCUUGAAGGCAUGUACCACCUUGUCCAGCAGUGAAGAAUGGAGACUUACAUCACAGGAGAAAUCCCUGCGGGAGGAAUUGUUGCAGACCGAGGCAAACAAGAUCUAAUUUUCUUUUACUUUCUCAGUUUCCCUGUCCCUUGCCAGCGCAUAUAGCCACUUCACUGGUUUGCACAUUUUCCUGACAGGAUUCUGGAGUUUAGAAGGUCACUAUCACUCUGGUCUUCAGUGUCACACAUUUCCCAUCAUUCCACCUCACAGAAAGCAUUUUCCAGAAAAUUAUAGUAAGACAAAGGACUUAGGAACUUGUCCAACUCCUUCCCUGGGCACAUGGUAUAAGCCACUGCAUAAUCUUUGUGUCCUUUGGGAUCUUUGGAUCAUCCUCUUCUGCUUUUCUUUUCCUUUUUUCCCCCCUGUUUUGGUUUGUUUGUUUUUAAGACCUUACCUCAUAUGGUCCAGCCUGGCCUCAAGUCAGCUGUGUAGCUUAGGAUGUCCUGAUCCUCCUUCUCUGCCUCCCCAGGGGUGGCAUGGCAGGAGGGCACCACAAUGCUGAUUUCCUCCUUCCCCCGCUGGCUCCCACGGGUUCAGACCCCACCAGACCCCACCAGCUCCACUCUUUCGGCAGCAUCUCUGCUGAGAGUAACAUUUGUUCAUGGUGCUGAUGAAGCACUGGGCCUCCGGAGGGCAGAUAAACUCAGCUUCAAAUCACAGACUCUGGAGUGGCAGUUAGAUCCGAAACCAGCCUUUUGAUCCUCUGGGCCUCUUUCUCCUCUGCCAUGGGUUUCCAGAAGCAUGAGCUAGAACACAAGCCAAGCACAGAUCUCCCAAAGACACGAGCAAGUGCGUGGACUUUACCUGCAUGUGGCAAAGCCACCACACAACACAGAGGAGCACUUCCAGGUCUGGAGACACAAGUGACAAAUAGCCUCCUUGAUAGGUGUCCACCCAGAUACAAGUGAGCAUGCUUGCUCCCCUCCCCCUUAGCAGGGUUUGGUCAUGGCUGCAGCAUCCUGACAACCUAUUUAAACCAACUUGCAUCAAUGUACCAUUUCCCACCAGUCAGAGUCCUUGAGCCUCUGCAGCCUCAGAAGAGGGAGUCAUUAGCUGAAACCUCCAGGAAUCGGGGAUCCCAGAAGAAGCUUCUCAGGAUGGAUGUCACCCACUUACUCCUGGCCACCCUAGUGGGCUUCCUGUGCUUCUUCACUGUCUACAGUCACCUGGUCCUCGAGGAGACUCAUGAAGAUGACAAGAGUCUGAGGAGCAACUCCUCCAUGAACUCACUGGAUUUCUCCUCUGUUUCUAUCGUGGCACUCAACAAGAAAUCCAAGAAGAUCAGCAGAAAAGAAGCUGAAAAGCGGAAGAGGUCUUCCAAGAAAAAGGCCUCGAUGAAGAAGGUGGCACGGCCCCCGCCACCUACCCCCUGCGUGGCCACCCGCGACAGCUGCAAGCCGCCUGCGCCCGCCUGCUGCGACCCGUGCGCCUCCUGCCACUGCCGUUUCUUCCGCAGCGCCUGCGCCUGCCGCGUGCUCAACCCCAACUGCUGACUUUCUACGCUGCGCGCGCAGCUUCUGGGACGGGUGACUGGGCGGGGCUUCAGGGUGCCGAGCUUCUAGGAUGAGGGGCGGGUCUCUGCGGGUGGGGCUUACGAGUGGGCGUGGCCAGUGGUUGUCAGUUAUGGACGCUUUUAGAAGACGGGUUUUCUAGGAAACCUAGUGGGGGCUAAAACCAGAAUACAGUAUUUUUAGGCUGCCGGGAAA